UUCCAUCCCACUCCCAAUAAAAAUAAGGAAAUCAACAAUCACUAAUCAGUCUCCCCCUAUGAGACCAUGACUAGGAAAGUUUGAAGCAAACCAUCCUGUGCUCACCAUUAAUCGCCUUUUCUCCACCAUCCCAUUGUUGAGACAGGCAGCCUUGCAAGACCAGAGAAACAGAGAGAGGAAGUUGGUGCAAAUAACAUUUGGAGAGAGACCAGAGCUCCUUCUUCUUCCAACGCAUGGCAAGGACAAGGAGAUCAUUGGCUUAGGGAUCAAAUCACCAUCAAAAAAAGCAGGACUAGCCGGAACAAGUACUCCAGCAAGAAAGCCAUGGCGGACAGCAGCAUCAGCAGCCCGUCGCUAUCGGCGUCCGACGAGAGCUCGGAGCUGGACGCGGGGUGCUACUCGUCUUCCACCACGACGGCGCCACCGAGCCUCCCCGACACGGCGGACUUCAGCCGCAGCGCCUCCGACGCGUCGUCCUUCUCGGACCACAGCGGGCCGUUCGGCGCCGCCGCCGUGUCCAAGCUCAUCGCCGGCCGCGGUUCCCCCGCCGGCGCCGGCGCGUCCCUCAGGCGUCUGAGCAUGAAGCCCCGCGCCGACGUGCUGGACCGGCGCUCCGCCACCGCGGCCGACGUGGACGAGCUGGAGCUGGUGAAGGAGCGGUUCUCGAAGCUGCUCCUGGGCGAGGACAUGUCGGGGGGCGGCAAGGGCGUGUGCGCGGCCGUGGCCAUCUCCAACGCCAUCACGAACCUCUACGCGACGGUGUUCGGGAGCUGCUGCCACCGGCUGGAGCCGCUCCCGGAGGGGAAGAAGGCCAUGUGGCGGCGCGAGAUGGACUGCCUCCUCUCCGUCUGCGACCACAUCGUCGAGUUCUACCCUUCCUCGCAGGCGCUCCCCGACGGGACGCGCGUCGAGGUCAUGGCCACCCGCCCCAGAUCCGACAUCUACAUCAACCUCCCCGCGCUCGAGAAACUCGACGCCAUGCUCAUCGAGAUCAUGGACGGGUUCGAGAAGGCGGAGUUCUGGUACGCGGACGACGGCGGGGCGAGGUCGUUCGGCUCGACGGCGACGACCACCACAUCGUCGUCGGCGUCUCCGUCGCCGGCUUCGUCGUUCCGGCGCUCUUCGGCGGCGCUCCACCGGAAGAACGAGGACAAGUGGUGGGUACCGGUCCCCUGCGUGCCGGACGGCGGGCUGUCCGCUGCGGCGCGCAAGGAGCUGCGGCGGCGGCGGGACUGCGCCAGCCAGAUCCAUAAAGCCGCCGUGGCCAUCAACAGCGACGUGCUGGGCGACAUGGAGGUGCCCGAGUCGUUCAUGGCGCUGCUCCCCAAGAGCGGCAAGGCGAGUGUCGGGGACGCGGUGUACCGCGCCAUGAUGGGCGGCGGCGGGGGCAAGUUCUCGCCCGACCACCUGCUGGACUGCGUGGACGUGUCCUCGGAGCACGAGGCCCUGGCGCUGGCCGACCGCGUCGAGGCUGCCAUGUACGUGUGGCGGCGCAAGGCGAGCGCCAGCCUUGCGCACGGCGGGAGAUGGGUGCAGUGGAGUAAGGUCAAGGAGCUCGCCGCCGACGAUGGCGGCGACGGCGGGAAGAACAUGACGCUGGCCAGCAGGGCCGAGAGCCUGCUGCUCUGCAUCAAGCACCGCUUCCCGGGCCUAUCGCAGACCACCCUUGACACCAGCAAGAUCCAGUUCAACAAGGAUGUUGGGCAGGCGAUUCUGGAGAGCUACUCAAGGGUGCUGGAGAGCCUGGCGUUCAGCAUUGUCUCGUGGAUAGACGAUGUCCUUUUUGCUGAUAAGUCUGUCAGGAAACAGUGAGACUGAGAGACAGACGGGUUCUUCGGUCGACCUGUGCUGGACUUGGGAUUCCCAACGGAGUUUCUCUCACCUGUUCGCGAAGUUUGUAAGGAAAUAUAGCAGUAGGUUAGGGUAAUUGUCGCUGUGACCUCGCGAUGAUUUGUAAGCUUUUAUUAUCUUGCAAAGAAUAAAUCACGAGGAAUCGGUACGUUUGGCUGAUAGAACUAAGAAAUCAAGGAAUUUGGAGAAAAUUAACUAAGCUACAUUCAGUC